UUUAUUAAUUCCUACAAGUUUUCUCAGUUCCGAGUGCUUUUAACGCACCUUUUCUACAGGAAGUGACGUACACGUGAGGCGUUUGGUUGUAUCCAGGCUUCCUUUUUGUCGUGCGGUGGCAGCAGCUUUCAAAGCCAUCCAAGAUGACCACAGCUGCCAGACCAACAUUUGAGCCGGCGAGAGGAGGGAGAGGUAAAGGAGAAGGUGACUUGAGCGCUCUGUCCAAACAGUAUUCCAGCCGAGAUCUUCCUGGUCACACCAAGAUCAAGUACAGGCAACCUACUCAGGAUGCCCCGGAGGAGGUGCGUGCCCGUGACUUCCGCAGGGAGCUUGAGGAAAGGGAACGUGUAGUUGCACGUGAUAAGACCAGAGAGCGGGGACCAAGAGAGCACACCACAUCAUCAACAUCAUCUUCUUCAUCUUCAAAGAGGCCCAGACUGGAUCAGAUCCCAGCAGCCAACCUUGAUGCAGAUGACCCUCUCACUGAUGAUGAUGAGGACGAGGACUCUGAGGAGGACAGCGAUGACGACGACACAGCAGCUCUUCUGGCAGAACUAGAGAAGAUCAAGAAGGAGCGGGCUGAAGAGCAAGAACGCAAAGAGCGGGAGCAAAAGGCAGAGGAGGAGAGGAUUCGCAUGGAGAAUAUCUUGAGCGGCAAUCCGUUGAUUAAUUUGGCAGGGCAACAGCAACAGGCGACCCAGACUCAAAAUACAUUCAGGGUCAAGAGAAGGUGGGAUGAUGAUGUUGUGUUCAAAAACUGCGCCAAAGGAGUAGAUGAGGCACGGAAAGAGAAGCGCUUUGUCAACGAUACGCUGCGCUCUGAGUUCCACAAGAAAUUUAUGGAGAAAUAUGUAAAGUAAAGGACUUGGUGUGUGUUCAUUUUAUUGUUUGUGUUUUUUUAACUGAUUUCUUUGGUCUCAUCCUUCCAGCUGUAUACAACUAAUGCAUUUAAAUACAUUCUUUAUUUAAGUGUGUUAGUGUCUGUACAGACAACAGGUAAAAUGUUGUAUAUAAAUGAGUUGAUGAGUUGCCUCCUUUGAAUAAAGCUCAAUACAAGGUGGA